CGCGGUUUCAAAUCGCGCUCCAAAAAUUUGACGAAUCCCUUCUCCCUCCCUUUCUAAUCGUCUCCUCUCUCCUUCCCGGAUCGCCGAUGGCUGUCCCUCGCACCCCCAAGGGCAAUGGCCACCGCGCCGCCGGGAAGAGCAAGAAGCCGGACGAGGCUGCUUCCUCUGAUGCUGCCUCCCCACGCAAGCGCACUAAGUCGCCCGGAGUCCGGGUCGUCGGCAAUCGCAUCUACGAUUCUCAGCGAGGGAAGACCUGCCACCAGUGUCGGCAAAAGACGAUGGAUUUCACGGCGGCUUGCAAGCAGAUGAAAGGGGGCAAGAUCUGCACUAUAAAAUUCUGCCACAAGUGUCUUCUUAACAGGUACGGGGAGAAUGCAGAGCAGGUGGCGGUGCUAGAGAACUGGAGUUGUCCAAAAUGCCGUGGCGUUUGCAACUGUAGUUUCUGCAUGUGA